AUGGCUUACCUUCCUCAGCAUGCUGGGCAAGCAGCGGCUGGGGCUCCUGGCUCCGGCCGGCUCUUCCUCGCCUUCUUCCUCCCGCUCCCCCCUCGGCCAUUCAGCGGCGCCUUUCUUGCUGGGCGAUUUCGCCAGCCCGAGGAGCGCACAUUUCAUGCCCGCCGAGGCAGCGGCUCCGAUCCCGGAGCCUUCGCCCGCACAUGCGUGUGGCAGCAUGCACAGGGUCGCUCCCCCGAGAGCCAGGGCUGCCUCGGCUGCUGCGAGCCCAGCGCCGGCUCCUUUGGCUGGAGCGGGGCGGCGGGGCGCUCGCAAGGCAGCCUCCGGCUCGAGCACGCGGCGCAGCAGCAAGCCAACCAGGCGGCAGGGGCAGCAGCUGCUGCUGCUUCUUGCCGGCCUCAGCAAAGCCGAGGAGGGAAGCGGGCGGGCGGGGGGGGGGACUACCUCGCGCUCCCGCUCUCUCCGCCUGCCCUUAGCCUCAGCGCGCGAGCUCUUCCGCGCGCUCGGAAAGGCGCACUCGGAGGUGCCCAAAGGACGCUCGCGCGCGCGCGCUCCGACGCCGCCGGCUGAGGAGGCUGGAGUGGCCAGGCGCUGCAGGAGCGAGCCGCUUUACAGAACGCGAGGCAGGGGAGGUCCUUAGCUGUGGGGACCACUCAGGGCGCACACGCUCAUACACCCCUCGCCCCCCCUCCCAAAAGAAACCAGUUAUCCAGUCAUUUCUAACAGGGUCAGACUGAGCCGCGUGUGAAGCUGCCUCGUAGCAAGGCAGAUAAGCCUGGCAAGCUCAGAGUGGUCUUCCUGGCCCCGUCUUUCCCACUCCUGCUCUGCUGUUUGACGUCCUUUGGCUGGAGCAUUAAAUGCACGGCUUGGGGCCCUCCUACCGAGCUUUGCCCCCUCCCCUCAUUGGCACCCCCCCUCCAAGGAAGUCUCCUGCAAGCGUGCAAUGACACGUCUGACAAAUUCUGGUCAAGCUCUGUGAGCUUUUCCCCCCCAAACUGGAGCGUGGCUUUGGUCGUUAGCAGGGCAAAAUGAAUGUUGGCCUCGGUGCAGCGGAGGCUAGGCCUUAUUUACGUUACUGUAUUUAUAUCCCACCUUUUCCUCCAAAAAAACUCAAGGGGAAGUACAUGGCUCUCCUCCUCGUUUAAUCCCAACAACCCUGUGGGGUAGGUCAAGAUGAGCAGCAGUAAUUGGCCUCAGGUCACCCAAUGAGCUCCAUGAGGGGGGCAGGACUUGAACCCUGGUCUCCCAGGUCCUGAUCUGAAACUCUAACCACUACACCAAGUACGUUGAAGGACUGGCUAGAGGGCAAUAGAUGUAGAAAGUGGCAGUAGUUCUUGGGCUGGCAUGGAAAUGAGGCUGGUCAUCACUGCAUCCUUCCUCAUCUCCUCCCCACUUUUUCCCCCCUUAAAAAAACUCAUUGGAGCAGCUGUACAUGUGAGUAGUUACAUAACCGUUUUGUUAAGUUUUCCUUAAAACUUGUAUUAGCCAUUUCUACAACAAAAUUGUGCCUUUUCCCAAGUAAAUGUGUUUGGUUAGCAUCAGGGCAGCAGAAGCAAACCAGUUUUUAUUCCUGUAGUGGCACUCCUGACGGUACUACGAUUUAAGUGAAUUUAAACUGUGAAAAGGGAACAUGCUCAGAGUGUUCCACCACCACUCCUCAUUCAUGCCUGGCAAACCUGUGCGUACUCCUACUUCAGGAGUGUAGGAACAGUUGUAAGGGCAUAGAAUGCCAGUGAUAGAGAAUGGUGUGCAAACGUAUGUGGAAAGAAACUACAGUACUGUACAAAGGCAAUAUUUGCAUGUGUUGCUCCACCCACUUUUUUGCCUCCAACUCCAACCACCACUGAUACAUGGCCCUUAGAAGGUUCCCCACCCAGUUACCCAGUUUCAGUUGCCUCUUGUUACUGGAUCUCUAUGCUGUUGCAGUAAUCACUUAGCUUUUACUUUCAGUUUUUAUGUGUUGGUAACCAACCUGGAUGGUGCUGGAGGAGACUCUUGAGAGUCCCAUGGACUGCAAGAAGAUCAAACCUAUCCAUUCUUAAGGAAAUCAGCCCUGAGUGCUCACUGGAAGGACAGAUCACGAAGCUGAAGCUCCAAUACUUUGGCCACCUCAUGAGAAGAGAAGACUCCCUGGAAAAGACCCUGAUGUUGGGAAAGAUGGAGGGCACAAGGAGAAGGGGACGACAGAGGACGAGAUGGUUGGAUAGUGUUCUCAAAGCUACCAGCAUGAGUCUGACCAAACUGUGGGAGGCAGUGGAAGACAGAAGUGCCUGGCGUGCUCUGGUCCAUGGGGUCACGAAGAGUCGGACACGACUAAACGACUAAACAACAACAACCAGCCUGGGAUCACCUCAGAUGUGACGAAGGGUGUUCUAUAAAUGUAGCACGUAACUAACUAAAUACAUCUGGUUUGUGGUCGAUGGUUUAUUUUUAUAUGAUCAUUUAUUUCCUGUUCCUAAGAGAAAUCAAAAACGUUGUAAUUACAGCUAAAAGGUAAAGGUAAAGGUACCCCUGCCCGUAUGGGCCAGUCUUGCCAGACUCUAGGGUUGUGCGCUCAUCUCACUCUAUAGGCUGUCCGCAGACACUUCUGGGUCACGUGGCCAGCGUGACAAGCUGCAUCUGGCGAGCCAGCGCAGCACACGGAACGCUGUUUACCUUCCCGCUGGUAAGCGGUCCCUAUUUAUCUACUUGCACCCGAAGGUGCUUUCGAACUGCUAGGUUGGCAGGCGCUGGGACCGAACGACGGGAGCGCACCCCGCCGCAGGGAUUUGAACCGCCGACCUGACGAUCGGCAAGUCCUAGGCGCUGAGGUUUUACUCACAACGCCACCUGCGUCCCUUAAUUACAGCUAUAUGCGCUUAAAGGUACAUUAUGCUAUAAUGUCUAAUCUACAUUUAUACUGACAAUGUCAUUUUAUUUUUCUAGUAGAACCACUGUCACCCCGUCCUCUCCCCUAACACCCAAUAUUGUGUGAUGUCAAUACAUAUUGUGAUGUCAUCACCUUGCUUUAUUUUCUGAAUUGAUCUGAUUGGAGCCAAGGGGCCUUGUUGCCAUGACAAUGUUGUUGUAUUGACGCUCGCAGGAAGGAGAGUGGUUUGAAGUGUGCGGAUUGCCCUUAUAUUUCUGUACUUUUAAAAGCCACAUGAAGCUUGGCUGGAGACAACAUCAUAAGAAAAAUCUCCGUGCUCAAGGCACUUACGGAGAAAAUAUAUUGAGUUUUAUUCACAUUUAUUUAUGGAAAGUCAAUAUGCCAAAAAUAGAUGCACUCUUACAGUAUGAUAAUAGAGUGUUCAAGUGUUGUAAUGUUCGAUGGGGAUUAUUAUCAGGUAAGUGUGACAUGUUUGCAGCCUUAUUAUACUAAAAUACCUUGGUGGUUAAAGGUAUAAAUAUAUAAAAUUAACAUAAAGUUUAAUGUUCUAAGGUGAAAUGAAUCAUGAAAUUCUAGAAGUUAAGAAGGUAUGACACUAACCGGGAUUUUGGUUUUUCCACAUUUCAUUAGGUAUAGCAUAUUUUGUAAACAAAAAAUUUAAAGCACCAACUCAGUUUUAUUCAUGGUUUGCACCUGGGAGGUAGGGAGACACCCAAUGUCAGUAAGUGGAGAGUUAUCCACAUACUUUGGGCCCCAGCUCCAAUUUGUGGGACACUCUUCCCGCAGAGAUUCAGUAGGCAUCCUCACUUUUGACUUUUAGGUAUCUCUUGAAGACAUUUUUAUGCCAACAAGUCUAUGCAGUUAAAUGAUGAACAUCUUUUAACUAUCCUAGUCACUAUAUAUAUAUAUAUAUAUAUAUAUAUAUAUAUAUAUAUAUAUAUCUGGCAUCUGGAAAAGAGAGGGAGAGAAAACUGAACUCCCCAGGGGAUUGGAAGAGAAGACUGAGCAGACUGGGUCCACCCGGCAAGUGACAUAAGCCAAUAGAUAUCUUCAGGAAUGUGAAAAGCCUGCAAGGGAAACAUAUGGGAAUGUGUUUUGCUGUGCAUGCAAAUGAAGGGUACAUUUGCACUAAGCACUCUUAAUGAAUGACAAGACAGAAUCAGGAAGGAGAUAGCGGCUACUAGACACCACCCCACAGAUUAGUCUUAAUCACAAUCAAGAAAACCCUCAAAGCAUUUGCAGGACACUUAGAGCAGAUGGAUAACUGAUAAAGCAGAAUGGCAGACACAGGCAUUCUAAAAGGUGGUAGAAGGGGUACACUGAGGCAUUUGUGAUGAAGGCAGUGAAUGUAUUCAAUCCACUUCUUCUACCCUAGUUAACAGUGCUUGCCUGUCUUCAUCCAGAUAGGAAUGAACAGCAUGAAAAAGGAGUGGGUGGGUUCUAGAUGAUUCUUGUCAAUGCUACAGACCAGAAAAACAUACCAUAUUUUUUGCACCAUAACACUCACUUUUUUCCUCCUAGAAAGUAAGGGGAAAUGUCUGUGCGUGUUAUGGAGGGAAUGCCUACGGGUGGCAUGCCUACGGAUUUUCCUCCUCUAAAAACUAUGUGCGUGCUAUGGUCGGGUGCAUGUUAUAGAGCGAAAAAUACGGUAUAUGCCUAAAGCUGACUACAAAAUGGGGUUUGGGGCACACCAUUACAAUGGAUAGCAGAAUUCAAAGCUGGAAAAUUUAAAACAUUAUGACCAAUAGAGUCUCACGUUCCAGAAGAGUAGUCCUUUUGGUCUGUUGCAGAAAUGAAAGAAGUCUGGUGGAACCUUCAGUCAAAACUAGCAAACCAGCAUGCACAUUUGUGGGCCAGAGCUCCCUUUGUCAGGUGACAGGAGGAUUGGCAAAUAAGUGUUUUACAAAACUGGAAAACACAAAAGAAAGAGGGUGCUGUUUUAAAUAAAAGUGAGGCCAGUGCAAGAGACACUGCUACAGAGAGCAUGAAUGAAAAAAUGAGAUAAAGGGUGGAUCUACACACAGGGGAAAAACACGCUAUAAAUAUGUCAGAAAUUAAAUCAUUAUAAUAAAAGGAAAAAUCCUAUGGAAAAUUGCUUAGAAUUUUUUUUUGCUCUCUGGUGCCACCUGGCAUUGCAUGUUUAUAAUACAUUCAAAGCACUAUUUCUUGACUAAUGUAGCUAAGUCCACAGUCACAUCAUUAGAAGAUCCAGUCAGGCUCAGUGGGUGCAACCCACCUCUAACAGCUAGCUAGUAAAAGGUAAAGGGACCCCUGACCAUUAGGUCCAGUCGUGACCGACUCUGGGGUUGCGGUGCUCAUCUCACUUUAUUGGCAGAGGGAGCUGGCGUACAGCUUCCGGGUCAUGUGGUCAGCAUGACCAAGCCACUUCUGGUGAACCAGAGCAGCGCACAGAAACGCCAUUUACCUUCCCGCUGAAGUGGUACCUAUUUAUCUACUUGCACUUGACGUGCUUUUGAACUGCUAGGUUGGCAGGAGCAGGGACCGAGCAACAGGAGCUCACACCGUUGCGGGGAUUCAAACCGCCGACCUUCUGAUCGGCAAGUCCUAGGCUCUGUGGUUUAACCCACAGCGCCACCAGUGUCCCAAGAGCUAGCUAGUACCUGUUUGCAAAGCAAGAUGAAUGGAGAAUCACUUUCUGUUGUGAGCUACCCCCUUCCCAACUCUACUGAGCCCAAGUGCAAUAUUGUCAAGAUUGCAAAUGAAUUCCAGUUUGGUGCCUUUGUGGGGAAAUCUCCAUUUUAAACCUUAUUGUGGAAGCAUAGCAAUUUUUACAUCUGUUACUGUUACAGAAUAUCUAGGCCAGUGGUGACUAACCUGUAGUCUUGCAGGCAUGGCAGGACUCCAAUCCCAUCAGCCCCAGCCAACAUCACCAAAGGUCAGGAAUGAUGGGAGUUUUAGUUCAAUAACAUCUGGAGGGCCACGGAGACACCGCAACCCUGAUCUACGUAAAUUGAAAUGCUCCCCAACUGGUUAAUCACAGCUUUCUCAGCAGAUUUUAUGUUCGCGCUUCUUCUCCUUCUCCUUCUUCUUUGUUGUCAAUAGAUAAGGUGAAGAGUACUUAUCAGUAUAAAAGGUUAGCCAUAAAGCUGCUAAUGAAAUUGAAGAAAAAGGUGGGAAGUGAUUUGGUGUUUUAUACAUUUUUCUCGCUCAAGUUCAUUGUCUGAAAGGGAACAAGGAAAUUGCUGUAGCAUAGCAACUGUGAUGUUAGCAAGCAGUGCAGUGGCAUCGUUAGCUGCGAUGCUGUUCUUUGUAUCUCCAGGCUUUCGUACGGAUGACAACACAACAUUUGCCUGCAGUUUCCAAUCACAGAAGCUUAAACAGAAAAUUAAAUAGGGCUUAUUCACAUCAGAGGCUAUGUACGCAAGCAUAGCUCCUUCCUUCACUAUCUCGAAUCAUUACAAUAACACACAUAUCAAAUUAGUAUUUAAUGAAUUAGUUUCAUAUUUGUCUGAAGAUGGAUCUGUGACGAUUUUAAGCCAACUACGUAACAGAAAAUUGCUCCAUAGGAAGUGUCGGAUGUUGUUUUACUCUGCUGCCUUAGUGAUUGAAGCCACAGCCUGCAAAGCCUUUAGCUAGAACUUGCCCUAAGCCAGUUUGGUAGAGCUGAGUAACUGUGAGUUAUCUUUGACAGUGUGUGUAUCUAUUUUUAGGCACCGGGGCAAAACCUCCCCUUUUACCUGGGUUUUUGGCCCUUAAUUUGAACAGUGUUUAAGUAUUUGCGACCUCUUUUAGAGGGGCAAAGUCCUGGUUUUUAUUUGCAUAGAUAUCUGUGUUUGUUUUUAGUUUUUAUUUAUUUAUGGUGUUUAAUGUAAUUUGUUUAAGUAUUUUUAUUGCACCUGUAAGUUACAUUGAGUCAUUUCGAUGAGAAAAGUGACUAAUAAAUAUUUAUUAAUAAUAAUAUGUAUGUGUGUAUGUAAGUAAGCAAGCUUAAGUAUACACUUUUAAAAUACUGUUUAUAUUUAUAUGGUCUGUAUAAAUUCAUGAUACUGAACUUGUAAUCAAAGGUGAGAGAUGUAAGGGCAGCUUAGAGCAUCUUUCUCCAACCUCGUGCCUCCUAGAUCUUAGGGACUGCAGCUCUCCUCAGCCCCAGGCAGCAUGCCCAGCCAUUAGGGAUGAAGGAAGCUGUAAUCUAAUACAUCAGAAAGUUAUCAGGUUUAGGAAAGCAGGCUUCUACAGAAAUUGGGUUACCAACUGAAGGAGAAAUUCAAGUGGUUUAUUCUCCCUCUCUGUCCCCGGUUGCAAAAAAAAAGCCCAGGUCAGGUUAAUUUAUUCUGCGCAACAAGCUGUUAAAUGCAGAACUAGAAACUUUCAUGUCAUAGAGCAGUGGUUCUCAAAGAGUGUGGCAGGAGAGGAUGGCAAGUGUGGCGAGAAGAUUCAAGGACAGUCAAAUAAAUGUUUAAACAUUUCAUUGUAGUAUAGUAUAGAUGCUCUUAUGCAUUGUUUUAUACUUUUUGGAUGCCCCAUGGUAAUAUCAUAAAGUAGUUAUGUUCUACGUUAUAAAUAAAGCACUGCCAGGAGCUUUUUUCUUUUUGUUCUCCAAUGUAUUAUCAAUUUUAGAGUCUAUGAUGGUGGUAGCCAGCAUGGCACCCUGUAGAUGCAGCUGGCCUCCAGUUCCCAUCAGCCCCAGCUAUCAUGGCUAAUGGUCAUCAAGGGCACCAGAUUGACUAACAUGGUCUAUGAAAUGCCCAAGAUGAUAUCUGAAACACUGUGUAUUAACUCAUUCAGAAGAAGACCCUCUCAUCCCUGUGGUACAUCUGAGGACUAUAUGUUUCCUCCUUCUCCCAAACAUUAAAAGAGCCUGCUGGAUCAGGUAAAACUGAUGUCUGUGGGAAACCCUGAAGACAGGGCCUGAGAGCAACAGUUCUCUCUCCACACCUGCGAUUCGCAGCAACUUGUGGACAUGCUGCCUCCAUUAACAGAUUGGUUAAUAGGUCUACUUUUACCUCGAAAACUUUGCAAAGUGUGUUAAUAGCUUCCAUUUGAUUUCCAUGCACAAAACUAUCUAAGUUCAAAUCAGCUGGGAAGUUACAACCAGAUAGAAAAUAUGACAGCAAUACAAACCUAUCAUAUUGCACAUUCCAGGGACAUUUAGAAAUUUCACCAAUGGGGGGAAAAGAAGAUACACAAAGAUGAGGGAUGGAACACAGGGAUUCACUACAAAGCUUGGAAUCAAAGAAACGGUAAAAGGUCUUUUGGCAGUAAAAUUGUAUAGCAACUGUUGCCAUACAAUGUGCAAGUCACACCAGUAACUAAUUAGACCAUACUGCUAUAUUUAUGGAAGCUAUAGAAGAAGCCAUUGUAAUGCAGUGAAGCACUUGUUAGAUUGAUCCAACAGUACUAAAUAAAAUUGAAUUCUCUACUAAACUUUGGCUAAAAACGCACACACCUCAAUGGAAAUAUAUGUAGCAUAUAUAUGCAAACAAUAGCAUGCAGAAAUUGAAGAUAAUCCCCUUUCUCUAUUUCAGGUGGUGAAAUGUGA